CACACACACACAGUCACAGUCACAACUUCAGCCCUAUAACUUGGUGAAGUUCUCAUCUUAACUUUACAUUCAGCGCGGAGCAGCCCCCCGUUCAACAUGACUCAGUCCAACAAGUGGUGGAUUUUGUGCGCUCUGUUUUCUCUCUCCUGUGUCGCCCGUUUGGGGUCUUGCAGAAGACAUGGACAAGAUGCAGUUCAACGAGAGCUCUUUAUCUUCAAUGAGCUGUGUGCCCUGAAGGACGAGUCAGGGCCUUGCAAGGCCAUUAAGGACCGAUUCUUCUUCAAUGUCGACACGGGACACUGUGAGCUGUUUGAAUAUGGGGGCUGCGGGGGAAACGCCAAUAACUUUGAGACGUUGGAAGCAUGUGAGGAAACGUGCGUUGUCUCAGAGGACAAGAACCCUUGCCACUUACCCGAAGCCCCUGGUCCCUGUCGUGGUCUGGUGACGCGUUACUUCUUUGACAGCAACAGUCAGCAGUGCAAGCAUUUCUUUUAUGGCGGCUGCUUUGGCAAUGCCAAUAAUUUCAGGAGGAUGGCGGAGUGCCAGGCGAAAUGUCAGAACCCAGCAAAACCCACUAAUGCACCAGAAGUCCACACACACUCUGCUAGAAAAUCUGUUGUGCAACCGACCGUGAUCGCUGGGCAACUGACUGCGAGUGAACUGGCGGCAAAUGGAACUAAUGAAGAGCCAAAAGUGGUGAAGCCCUCAGAGCCGUGCUUCGGUCCUGUGGACAGGGGAACGUGUGGCGGAGCAGAGAGGAGGUUUGCUUUCAACCCAGAGACCAAGAGGUGCCACGUGUUCCACUACAGCGGCUGCGGGGGAAACGACAACAACUUCACAUCUCGGAAAGACUGCAUCAAGCAGUGCAUCAGGAGCAGAAAGGCUAUUGGGAAGAAGAUGAUCCGAAUAAGGAAGAAAAACCUAAACAGCAUUGUGGAUCGCUCAAUCUGAACACUCCUGCACAUCUGUAUUUAUGUCCUUAUAUUAUUGUUUGGCUUUACUUAUAUCUAUUUUUUUGUAGUGAUGCAGUAUGUGUAUAAAAAUCAUUUUGAGCUUUGUUGUGACUGAAAGCAAAUAUCACAAUUAUCCACAUUAUUUCAAUAUGUAAUUGACAAAAAACAUGUUUGUUUUGCUGGUGUCUAAUAGCAGCUACUUUCUACUCUGAUACACUGUAUUAAUACCUUUAUAAGCCAAAUAUUGUGUCUUUUUAAUUUUAUAAACUAUAUUAUGAUCUUAAUGGUAAACACCAAAGUUAUAUCAAGAUUCAUGUUCAAUAACAAAAUGAAUGCUUGUCCUGUAUAUUUACUAUUUCCAGAUGCUUUUCUACAAGGGUUUUGGUAAAUUUUCACUAUGUUAAUCAAUAUGAAUAACAGCAUUAGCAGAUUAAAUUCAUUCAAGAGUAAAUAGAAAACACAUGAAUCAAGAUGACCACGUCCUCGCAGCUAUAAAUCACUAUGAACAGCUGCUUUAUUUCUGUUGGGUGAAACAUGAAUAACUUUUCUUCUUUUUAAUCAUUUUUAUGCAGCAGUAUGUAAAUCACUAUUGCAGUUCUGAUGGUGUUGUUGGUAGAAAAAACCAAGAGGGGGCAGUGUUGUUUAAAGUAAGUUUUCAAAGAGGUUGUGAGCUGCACGUUAUUCUUUUGUAAUCCUGACUGUAAUGAAUUGGACUGUAAGAUUUUAUAUAAUAAACAUCAACAAUCUUCUA